CAGAAAAAGAUCUUCCUUUCACAACUAUACCAUCAUUCUUGAUACCUUGUACUCCACUUUAGCAUCUCAAAUCUAUCUCAAACCUAUACAACAAGAUGGCCUCCGAAGACAACAUCCUCCAGACCAACGCCCUAGCCGUCCGGGAGUACAUCCACUCCCAGCCUCAAGAUGCCCUCCUCAACAACCCAUGGGCAGUAUACCAAGCUCUCGACCUCUACAGCCGCACAGCCCGCCUCAUGAACUUCAAGCGAGCCAAGCUCAACAUAGCCCAAGAUGCCCUCACGACAAUGGAAACCGCACCCAAGAUCAUCAUCGAAUUCGGAACCUACAUCGGCUGCUCUGCUAUCGCCUGGGCUGCCAUUCUCCGUGACCUGCAUGGUCCUUUUGCUGAGGGUCUUCACAUCUACACAUUUGAAGUCAGCGAGACGGUGGCCGAAGUCGCUCGGGACUUGAUCCGCGUGGCGGGAGUAGAGGAUAUCGUGCAUGUGCUUGUGGGGCCGGCGUCAGAGUCAUUGAAGCAGCUUGUCGAGGAAGGGAAGGUUAAGGCAAAGGGAGUCGAUAUGGCUUUCUUCGAUCAUUGGGAAAAGUUCUACCUGAGUGAUUUGCAGCUGUGUGAGGAUUUGAACCUCUUCCGGGAGGGAUCAAGAGUCAUUGCGGAUAACACGGAUAUUCCGGGGGCACCGGAUUAUCUGGAGUAUGUGAGAGCUGGGGGUCGUGGUGGGGAGGGGUCGGUGAGGUAUGAGACGAA